UUUGGAUGGUUUUCUUGCUCCUUCUUCUUCUUCCUUAACAUACUACCAUGGAGUUGGAGUUUUCUUUUCUUUUUCUUAAUGAGUCAAGAAUCGACCCAUGGUCAGUACGUUCCAGAGCCGGAGCAUGUGAGCGUGCACACGGUGAACACCGAGGGUUCGAGUUUCACGCCUCCGGGUGACGGAGGGCAGCAACAGAAUCAACCUGAGCCAGCGGGACAGCCGCCAGUUGUACCACCCCAAGUCGUACCACCUCCAGUGAUGCCACCGUUGGCGAUGCCGCAGGUGGCCUACGAGCAGAUGUUCCCGGCCAUGAUGGCCCAUUAUAUGCAGCACAUGGCGCAGCUUAUGCCCAUGUUCCAGCCGCCGACACCACCACAGCCGCAGCCGCGCAUCGUUACCUUCAAGACAUUGAAGGAUAAUGGAGCGGAAGAAUUUCGAGGAGACAAGAUGGGGGAGCCCCAGAUUGCGUUGGAUUGGCUUGAGCAGAUGGACCGGGUACUCAAGAAUUUGAGAGUCCCUCAUGCAGUUCGCUCGGAGUUGGCGUCACAGAUGUUUCGGAAGGGAGCAUGUGAUUGGCGGAAGCGCAUUGACCAGGAUCCACACACGCCCAAGCCUUGGACCUGGGAUCGCUUUGAUCGAGCUUUCACGAAGGAUCUGGUCUCCACUCCGGAGGAUCGUUUGAAUGAGUUCGUCAAGAAGCUACGGCCGGACUUGAGGCCGUACGCCGCGCUGAUCACGACGACAGAUUUUAAUGCGGCGUAUGAUUUGAUUGUGAAGACGGAAAAGAGCUUGGACGAUUUGCAGGCGACCAAGAAGGAGGAUCGAGCGACGAAAGACCCGCGGCCAGCGCCGGGCCGAGCGGGAAGAGUUUUGGAUUCGGGGGAAAGAGGUACGAGAAGGGAUCUUCGCGUGCGCCGCCGCCUAAGAGGAGUAAGUGAAAGCCAUCUCCGUCGGCCGCCGCUAGCAACGCGAUCAGAACGAAGAGCCACCCGCAGUGUGUACAGUGUGGUAGGCAUCACCCGGGCGAGUGUUGGCUCGCCCAAGGCUUAUGUUUGGGUUGUGGUCAGCCAGGGCAUUUCAGGAGGCAUUGCCCGACAAACUCUAGCAGCGAGCCUGUUUCUCUUAGAGCUCCGGAUCAGCCUGCCGCAUCGCAUCUAGCACGGAGUCAGCAGUCUACAGCCGCAAAUAAUCAGCAGAGACCACG